AAUACACGACCUUGAGGCUGUUGUUUUUUCCAAUCCAUAAUGCGCGUUUUUCUUGCGCAAUCUGGCAACACCGAGUACUAUCACCGCAAGUGCGCUGCUGCUGUAUCCGUGUGUAUGUGCACUAGUUCUGCUGCCGUGCGGCCUUCAUGUUGUUAGCACACAUAUAUAUAUACAACACAUAGCGUCAAUAUUUUGCUUAGUUAAAGCAUAAAUGACUACCGGAGCCGAGAGAGCGGAGCCUGGAGACAGCGAACAGGAUGAAGAAGAUGUAUAUGAAGUGGAGAGGAUUAUUGAUACGCGAGUGGUGGAGGGAGAGGUGCUGUACCGGGUGCGAUGGAAGAACUACUCAUCGGACGAUGACACCUGGGAGCCUGAGGCACACUUGGACGACUGCAGAGAGGUGCUGCUUGCCUACAAGAAGGCCCUGGCUGAGAUGAAGCCAAAGAAGGAAACUGGCUUGAAGCUGCCCAUGAAGAGUGAUUUGUUUGAUGCUGAUUCUGAGAGUGACAGUGAUAUAGAAAAACAGAAAGAAUCACCAAUAAAGAAGAAGAAAAAGAAGAAAGUGGAGGAAUCAGAUGAUGAGAUGCCUGUGAAGGAAAAGAAGAAGAAAAAAAAGAAGGAGAAAUGGUGGGAAGACAAACCUCUGCCUGCACCGGAGUCUGAUGAGGAGGAGGCAGAGAGCAGGGAUCCUUCCCCUGCACCUCCUAAAAAAGACACAAAGAAGAGGCUCAUUGACUCUGAUGAUGACGAUGAUGCCCCAGUUACUCCCAAGAAACAAAAGAAGCUUGACAAGCAUAAAGAUGGUGGAAAACAGAAGAAAGAGAGUGGAGAGGACCACAAGAAAAAGAAAGUAAAGUCAAAAAAAGAGAUUGAUACCUCAGAUGAAGAGGAUGAGAAGAGCGACGUGCCCUCGGAGUCCCACACGGAUGAUACAACAAACACAGAAACAAACGAUUCCUUCAAAACCAUGACAGCAAAAGCCACAGACAAAUCUGCAAGAAGUGAGAGUGGAGGUGAUCUCAAGCAGGCCAAGCAGAAGAAGGCCAAGUCUGACCUGAAGCUGCAAGGUUUCAAAGACCUGAUUCAAGAGAAGAAACCUAAAAAAGUGGAGGUUUCAACGGCCACACCUAAAGAAAGUGGUGCAAACAAGCACAAGAGCUUUACUAGUAGCAAGAGCACUAGCAAGUCAUCUCGAAGCGAGGAGGAGCCCGACUCCAGUGACACGGGGGCAGCUACGUCCGCACCCAAGUCAAAGGUUAAAAGCAAAGGGCAGGAAGCAGGCCCACCUUCUCAGAAGCUUUCAUCUGCCUCUUCCUCCUCCUCAUCCUCCACAGCAUCAACAGCCCCCAUCAAGCCCAAAGAGGAGGAGCCGAAGGAAGAAGUUGGUGAAAAGGGAGGUGCCUCUAACUUGUUUGAGAAGUUCCUGUUGAACUGUGAGGCAAAAGAUCGUGUACCAAGGAGACAAGCGGACCAGAACAAGAAUAUAACUCCAAAGGGUGCAGGGAAAAAUGACAAGAAAACAAAAUUGUCCAAGCAGUCUCCUGCACGGAAACCUGAUUCAGACAAGACAGAGAAGGCAAAAGAUGUGCCUCGACCUGGUCAGAGUCCCUUCUCUAUGGAGAUCGAGGAGAAACAGGAGAAGGGAACAUCCGAGAAAAGUGAUAAAUCAGACGAACUGGCCCCCAAGUCUAAGGAGGAAUUACAAAGAGAGCAGAGAGAGGAAGAGCAAAGGAAGAGGAAAGAAAAGAUGGAAGAGGAGGAGAGAAAGAGGAAAGAAAGGAUUGAAGAAGAGGAGAGAAAGAAGAAGGAGAGAAUAGAGGAAGCCCAACGGGAGAGAAAAGCACGCAUGGAGGAGGCGCAGAGGCUUGCAGAGGAGGCCCGGCAAGAGCGGCUGGAAAGGAAGUCCAUGACUGAGUCAAUAGCAUCUCCUGACUCGACAGAAGACUCCAGAUGGAAGGACAAGAGGAGGAGAAGGAGGGAUGACAGUGAAUCACGGGUCUUCACCGCCUGCGAUGACAAUCAGGACUCUCGGGAGACCAUGGAGCGCUCUGACAAAACUCCUGACAGGGGACCGCCAUCUCUUAAUCUUGGGGUGGAGCUCAAGCUGGAUUGGAUGACACUGGAGGACUUUCAGAAACACUUGAAUGGAGAGGAUGAGAAUCUCUCUCCGCUAGCCUUAACUCCUGCGGAGCUGCGAGAAGCAGUGAAGAAUGGGAAUUACCUGGCGGUAAAACGUGCACUUAGUUCCAAAGAGGACUACAAUCUGGACCAGGAGGACUCUAGCGGCAUGUCCUUAACACUGUUGGCUGCUGCAGGCGGUCAGGAUGACGUCCUCAGGCUGCUCAUUAAGAAAGGAGUAAAGGUUAACGCUAGACAGAAGAACGGCACCACUGCCCUGAUGCAUGCUGCUGAAAAGAACUUCUUGACAACAGUGGCCAUUCUCCUAGAGGCAGGAUCAUCUGUAAAUGCCCAAACUCUGGGUGGAGAAACCGCUCUCAUGAAGGCUUGCAAGAGGGGCAAUGCAGAUGUGGUUCGCCUCCUGCUGGAAUAUGGCGCUGACUGCAACAUCUUGUCUAAACAUAAGAACACUGCCUUGUACUAUGCCAAACUUAGCAACAAUUUGAUGAUAUAUGAUCUCAUCAAAGACCAUAUGCAAACGUUAUCAACUGUGGCGGAGGAGACAAUCAGAGCAUAUUUUGAAACGCGGCUGGCCCUACUGGAACCUGUAUUCCCUUUGGCUUGCCAUAGAUUGUGCGAAGGGCCAGACUUUUCACUGGAAUUCAACUACAAACCCCCUCAACACACACCCGGAGAAGGAUCUGGCAUCCUGCUUUUUAUCUUCCAUGCAAACUUCCUUAAUGAGAUCACAGCUAGACUCUGUGGGCCCUGUAGUGUUCAUGCUGUCGUCCUGAAUGAUAAGUUUCAGCUGCCCAUCUUCUUGGACAGCCAUUUCAUAUACUCUUUCAGUCCUGUUCAAGGAACCAACAAACUGUUCAUCCGUCUGGCAGAGUCGCCCACAGCUAAGGUUAAACUCCUAAUUUGUGCAUACAGAGUCCAACUACAGUGAUAAGGUCAAAGGUCACCGCAGGAGCUCUGACUUUCUACACUUGACACAUGCUGAGCAGGAGACAGUUUAGAAAUGGUUAUGUUUUACUGUGGGGAAAUACUGAAAGACUGUAGUACUAACAGGUCAAUAACAACAGCCACAGAUCUCAGUGUGGCUUUUAAAUAUGUGCUUGGUUAAGUGUUGCAAGUGUUAAACGAGUUUCCAGAGGUCAUGAUUUUGGAUUGCAACUGCAUCACACAUGAAGGUCAGCAAAUGUGUCAAAUUGGGUUUGUAGCUGAAGGUCAUUUGUAAAUCUUGUUUGUAAAGUGUUCCUUUUCUUUUUCUUUUAAAUAGAAUAAUUUAUCUUUCCAGAUUCACUUACUGUUUUGUUUUAUGUUCUGUUCGGUUUAACCCGACCACACGCUCAUCUGUUGUGCUUCAGUCUGCAUUGCUCGCGGGAAUGUGACAAGACUGGACCCAAGUGUGACUUUGAACACCAGAGUGGGUGCUUUAAAAUACAAUUUUCCAUAUUUUGUUUCCUGA